GGCAUACGAAUUGUCGUUGUUCGUGUCAAGCAUAGAAUGUACUCUGUUUGAGAUCCAAAUACACAAUCAUUACUUUAGCAAGAAAACAAAGAAGAAGGAAAUAAUUAAAAAAUAUAUAAUAUAUGAAAUUGUAAUUAAACAAUUACCGUAUUUUAAGAUCUUAUUUUGGUAAUAAAACUGUAUUAGUUUGGCUAUUAAAGGCCAAAUCUUCACACAAUUUUUUCAUUCCAUUACUUCAAAUAUAAGGGAGAGAAAGAAAGACUCUAAAUUACAGUAGAGAGAGAAAAAGGAAGAGGUGACAAUGGCGACUCUUACUGUACCAUCUGUGGUUCCUUCUCCUGUUGAGGACGCUGAGCAACUCCGCAAAGCUUUUGAAGGAUGGGGGACAAACGAGGGUCAAAUCAUAUCCAUAUUGGCUCACAGGAAUGCUCAUCAACGCACACAGAUUAGGAAGGCAUAUGCAGAUGCUCAUGGUGAAGACCUUCUGAAAGCACUAGACAAAGAGCUUUCAAGUGACUUCGAGAGGGCUUUACUGCUAUGGACAAUGGAACCUGCUGAACGUGAUGCGUAUUUGGCCUAUGAAUCCACAAAAAGGUUCACCUCUAACCAAUGGGUUCUGGUCGAAAUUGCCACUACUAGGACUACUCAUGAACUUUUUCUCGUGAGGAAGGCAUAUCAUGAUCGUUACAAGAGAUCCAUUGAAGAGGAUGUCGCUCAUCAUACACAUGGAGACAUCCGAAAGCUUCUUCUGCCUCUCGUGAGUUCAUUGAGAUAUGAGGGAGAUGAGGUGAACACAACACUGGCGAAGGCAGAGGCUAAGAUUCUCCGUGAAAAGGUCACAGAUAAGGCCUGUAAUGACGAUGAUUUCAUCAGGAUUCUCUGUACCAGGAGUAAAGCACAGCUCAAUGCAACUCUCAACCACUACAACAAUUCAUAUGGAAACUCCAUCAACAAGGAUUUGAAGGCUGAUGGUUCAAAAGAUGAAUUCCUCAAAUUACUUAGAGCAGUAAUUACUUGCUUGACCAUCCCUGAGAAGUACUUUGAGAAGGUUCUGCGGCAAGCCAUCAAUAAGGUUGGGACAGACGAAUGGGCCCUUACUAGGGUUAUCACUACCAGAGCAGAGGUUGAUCUGUGUCGCAUCAAAGAGGAAUACCACCGAAGGAACAGCGUUCCAUUGGCAACUGCAAUUGCCAAAGACACCGGUGGAGACUAUGAGAAGCUUCUUAUUGAGCUCACUGGACACGGCAAUGCUUAAAACCCAUUUUCUAUAUGAGCUCUAGACUCUAGUAGAGUGAGUUAUGAGUGAGUGCAGAUUGCAUGCGUUUUCCUGCCCUGUUGGUUUGAUUUGAUUAUAAGUUUCUUCCUAUCGUUUCCUUUUCCAUAAUUAUCUGUCUUGUGAUGAGAUUGUGGACCUUUUGUUUAAUAAUGGCAGUUCUAUUUAAGUUAAUAGUUUGAGAAA